GCGGAGUAGUCUAGAGACGGUGAAAAGUCAACAUCAGCGUCCACAAAGCAAGAUGGCGGAAGAACGUCUGAAAAAGAUGGCAGGCUUGGAGUCUAGAGUCGCUACAGAGGAGGAGAAACCGGAGCCAGAAAAACCUGUGGACCGAGAGAAGACUUGUCCGCUGUUGCUCCGUGUGUUCUGCAACCAAAACAGGUUCCACAGGCCAGAGGAAUUUGCAAGAGGGAAUGUGCCAUCCAACGAGCUUCAAAUCUACACCUGGAUGGACUGCACACUUAAGGAGCUGACUGGCCUGAUUAAAGAAGUUAAUCCCGAGGCCAGGAGGAAAGGAACAUUCUUCGACUUUGCCACUGCUUAUCCAGAUUUGAGACGUGGAGGCUACCGUCUUAAGGAGAUCGGCAGCACCUGCUCGGGUCGGAAAGGAGCGGACGACAAUAAGACGCUGGGGUCUCAGAAGUUCCAGAUAGGAGACUACAUCGACAUAGCCAUCACACCAGCCAGGCCUGGGGGACCACGGGGAGCACGGCCUUACUGAGGAACUUAUGACCUGCUGUCAGUCAGCUCAAACUGUGUUCCAACACAACAAACUGUCACUGUGAACUCACAGAUUUCUAUACAGUAGGGCUCUCUCAUCUCAGCUAUCCCUUAGUCAAAUAAUGGUGAAGAGUGAAGGUACUGCAGCUACUAGCUUCGUACACAAUCAGGCUACUAACUGUGAUCUGAUGUAUCUGUAUAGCCGGUAUAACCGCCUUUCGGCGUAACACACCAGCUUCUGUAUCUGUAUAGCUGGUAUAACUGCCUUUCGGCGUAAC